AUGCCACGAGGAAUCCUGAAAAACGCGCCCCACGACGCCGAGUACCGCGCCGACGAGCCCGGCACGCUCAGCCCGGACGCGACCGAGUUCGACCGCAAGAAAGUGAUCGAGAACACGCGCCUCAAUUCCAAGCUGUUCAGAGACUCGUCCUCCAAGGGCGACCUGAUCCGGUCCAAGAUUCAGGAGCAGAAAGAGCGUCUGCACCACGCGGGCAGCCUGGAGCACCUCAAGUGGGACGAGAAGAACAUUCUGAUCAACGAGCUGGAGAAAAGCGCAACGAUGAAGAUAGACGAGCCCAAGACUCCGUACGAGGGGGGGUUCGACCCAAAUAACGACUACUACCGCUCGGACAACGAGGAGGACGAGAUGGAGGCGCUCGAUCUGGGCGAGGGCGUCGACGACGGCGCGCCGGUGUACAGCGAAAAUAGAAUCGAGGUGGUGGAGCAGCCCGAGGAGAAGCCUGGGUCGGAGCCUGGGUCGGGCGACGAGAACAAGGAGCUGUCGCCCGAGGAAAAACACAGGAUGUUCGAGGAGAGACGCAAACAGCACUACCAUCUGAAAGCGAACCCUUUGAAAGAGCCGAUCCAGGUCAGCGACGAGGAGGAAUAA